AUGGCAUCUUCCACCAACAAAGCGACCCCCGGGCCUUCCUUCGCGCCCUCCCCGUCGAAGCGGAACGAUGGGCCGACUGCGGAGUCGCCUGGUACAAGGGCGUCGACUCUGGGGAUCUCUGCUUCCAUCCGCGGCCAACGGUUCCAGUCCAAUCUUCGACGUGCCCAAACAGUCACGCAGCCCGGAGCCACCGGAAAGAAGACUGUCGUCAAUAGAGGGAAAGGGGAUCUGGCAGCCUCACUGCUUCGGGUGAAGAACAGUACCGAGGUCCUGCGGCAGCGCUCGUUGAAACGGUCAAACCCGCCCCCGGCACCGGAUGCCUCGUCCAGCGGUCGAGAAGGGACACACUUCACUGUAGGGAACGUGGGCAACAAUGGAAGGAUCUAUUUGAGGCCCCUGGCAGAUUCAUCGCUGAAACGAGCUCAUACCCAACCUUUGUCCAGUAUCUCCGCGUCGGCUCCUACCAACACGCAUCUGCAGCCGCCCAAGCCCGUUGCUCUGCGCGAUGCGAGACACAGCAUUUGGUCAACUUCUCAGCUCUCAGAGCUCCGUCCCGAUUACACUCGGGAAGGCAGCGCGGAACCGAGUGAGUCUGGCGACGCAGAGCAUCACAAAAGAGCCCACUCGUUUUCGACCAUAUCGGAGUAUGCGCAAUCAACAGACCAGAAACAUCGAGGGGAGUUUCGGAUUGUGAUCGACCGAUUCGAGCAGAGAUCAGAGUCCAACGACAAACCCUCUUUGCCGGCUCUCGAGGUCCCGAUCCCUCAUUACCGGUUGGGCACGCUCCAGUUCAACUCCGACGGAAUACCGGAUCUCCGGAGCUCUAUAUACACGCGGACCUCAGUGUCAGAUAAUGUCCUGUCGUCAGUCCCCAAAGAGGACGCUGAAAGCCCCCGAAUUCCCCCAGACUCUUAUGCUCCAGAUUCAUUGCAACCAGGGCGGACACUUUCGGUAGCGAUGUCAUUGUUUUCUGGCGCGGCUCCGAGAAAUUCCAGCUCUACGCAGAAAUCGGCGAUUUACUGUUUGAAAGGACCCAUCGAGCCGUCCAUCUUUGAUUUUCUCAUGGAGGACAUGGAUGACCCGGCCGUAGUUCGAUAUCUUCCGGGAACAAAAGACAUUAGCGCGGCUACACCAGCAAGAAUUGUCGCCCAAAUUUCUUCGGAAUCGUUCAUGGACUACGAACUCGUGUCGGACUUUUUCCUGACAUUCCGCUCCUAUCUAUCUCCAGAGACCCUUCUUGCCCUGCUGAUGGCCCGGCUUGAAUGGGCCAUCAAUCGGCUGCAAGAAGAUGGAAGAAUCAUUCGGAUCCGAACUUUCGCCGCUUUGAGACAUUGGAUUCUCAACUACUUCGCUGACGACUUUGUUACCAACCGCGAUCUCCGUGUCCAGUUUUGCGACAAGAUCAACUCCCUGUAUGAGAGCGUUAAGAGCCGGAAUACUGGUGGCACCAGUGAUAUCAAGAUUCUCGUGGACCUGAAACGGUGUUGGCAUGGACGGUGCGUGCUUUACUGGGACUGUCCAGAUCUGGCCGGUCCUGACAGCCCGGUCGUUCCAGGAGGGGUUGCGGGGAGUCGAGAUGUCAACAAGACAAGGCUCAGCGACACCCACUCGUCCAAUGCGGAUGCGGUAGUUGACGCUGAACUUGAAGCAGAACCGCCAGCGAACACCGCCGGAGCCGGACUGUUGCGUCGUUCCUCCACCACUCGUAUGCGGAACGGCGCCUCAGGAAUGGCAAAGAGGCGGUCGACGAGUGACCAGAGUAUCCAGGCCCUGUCUUGCUCAUUUCCCACGAAGCGAUCAUCGUCACCCCUAGAGAGGGGUAAAGUGCCUCAUCCGGUCCCUAUUCAGACGCAAUUCCCUUCGCCUUGUUCCAAUCCUUGCUCCCCAACCGCUGCAAGUGUCUACCGACACCCAUUUCACGAACAUAAGCGCAGUGGCAGUUUUUCCGACUCUGCUCGUGAUGACCGGGCUCCUCUUUCCCGGGCGAAUGCGGAUGGCCAGGGACAGUUUCUGUCGCAAUCCAUGCCAGGCAGCGGCAGUCUCAUCCGCGGUAACCUGCUCCCUCCUGUAGAUGCCUCUGUGGGAGUGACGUUGCCCCCGUCGCCAACUCUCUUGGACCCGCCCGACGAACCUGAAGCUCUCAAAACUCGAAGCUCAUCAGAGGGGAAUGUUAAGUCGAUUGGGGCCAGCCCAGGUGUUCGGACGAUCAUCGGUUCGAUCCGCAAGGUCUUGCAUAGCCGGCAGGGUGGACAGGGCUCUCCUUCUCAUACCGCAAACGUGAACCCCUCUUCUCCGCUAAGAGGCAAAACGGCGACCCUCCCUGUGAACGUUGAAUUCAGAUCUGAUCUUUACAAAGAUCGAAAAAAUCCGCCGUUGUCAAAGAGCUCCUCGCGGAUAGACCUUCUUUGCGAUAGAGCUAUGAAAGACUACCGUGAGGCGCUGGGUAUUCGUUCGGAGAAACCCACAUAUGAUAUCACGCUCUGUCAAGAAAAUGCCGGUCAAGAUAUUAAAUCAGAACCUGAUCCUUGCCGGCUGCAGGCUCCGAAACCUAAUGACCAACGUCUGUCCAGCCAGGUGACCUCGGGGAGUAAAUCGAUUGUUAUCGUGGAUGAUACUGGUCUGGAUCUUCCUGUGAUGUCGGGAGGGGUCGGGUGGCCUCCCGCGGGUAGCGAGAGAAGGGACGAUGAACAUGGACAUAGCGAGCAGUCUUCCAUUACCCAGAGAGACCACUCGUCCUCUGAGCACGCAGAAGUCCCUGUUGCCUUCCCGGAACACCACCUCGAACGCUAUGCCUUCGCUGCAGACACAAUGACCCUGUCCUCCCGACCUUCAACCCGACAUCGGCCAAGAUCGUUCGCGUUUACUCGCGAUGGAUCAAUUCAAAGGAGCGCUUCCGACUCGAGUCGACUUCGGAAGUAUGCUUCUUAUCAGAGAAGUAUGACACGGCAUUUUCCAGAAAGUGCCAGUGACAAGGUUACGUCUGCAUCAAGUGAGAAUCUGCCAGCAGACCAGCACAAGCCGCUUGCUCGUAUGCUUCGUAGGAGACCUGGUGGGGACCUUCGCAAAAUUCAGAACGUGCACGAUCUGGAGCCACAUUUACGACCCCGGUCCUCCGCUUCGGAUACGUCUCUCACAGAUUCCAUUACCACCUCGGCUGCUCCUUAUCCUGACCCGACAUCACCAGACAGGGCCGCGUCAACUAGAUUCUCACUGAUCAACACACAUUCAUCCCAAAAUCUGCGGCCUUCGUUUGAAGCCGCAGUCGCGGAGUUCUCCCGUAUUCCUGAUGACGAGGAUGGAGGAGUUGAGUCAACACUCCUGAAGCUCGAAGGAAAGUGGCCGCCGAAACAGUCUCCCAGUGACAGCAACUAUCCUUUUGCUCAUCACGAAAGUGGAGAAAGUGAUCACCAUGGUGACAGUCAACAACAUCAACAGGAGACUCCUGGCCAUCCCACCUGGCUGGAGCAGGGUCCUGCUGGCGAUACGAACGGAGCACAGGCCGUGGGAGGUCAACGCAUGGUGACCUCACAGCUCUACCCAGAGUCGGUGGCAGAAUCGGAAUAUUCCUACAGCUCCAUCCCUCUUCUCGAAAGGGGCCUGAGUGAUGAUUCAAUGAAAAAACCGAAAGUGAGUUCACUUCCGUCCGAGACGGCCAUGUCUCGUCCUCCCUUUAGUGGGAAUGUGAGUAAGGACACCAAUGAACGUGAAUCGUCGCAUCCAUCGAUUCAAACUGUCGACGAGACGGAAAGCCUUCGGCGGAUUCCUCCUGGUUCAACCGUCCCGACGACUGCGGAUUUUGACAGAGACCAUCGCUCGGAGCUGUCAUCCGAACUCUCGGUUGAUGUGAUCGAGAAGGAUGAAGCCCGUGAGGACUUGAGCAGCAGAACUUCGAGAGACUCACGGGGCCUGGCAAUUUCUUCGCUCGACAUACCCCCACAUCCCCUUGCCCAUCCUCCUUCUCCUCCGAUAACUAUUCCGCAGAGAGUGUCGACAGUGCCACAUGCAAAGCCGGAAACUCCAGUGGCGCCUCAGGCGCAGCCUCUGACUCCUGGUCCGUCUCCGACUCGCAAGAACGGAGGUAGUCCUCAGAGGGGUGUUGAGACGCAGCAGACAUCGAAUGACACUACCUGUAUUCAAAAUCCGCAGCAACCCCGUCAUGUCCCAUUCGUCCUUGCCUGUGAUUCUCGACUUCUCGCACAACAGUUGACACUCGUGGAGAAGGCGGCAUUAGACGAGGUCGAUUGGAAGGAUCUUGUCGAGAUGAAAUGGAACAAUAACUCAUCCUCGGCGUUGAAUUGGGUCCAGUUUCUAACCGAACAAGAACGGAAGGGGAUUGAUCUGGUUGUGGGCCGUUUCAACCUGAUGGUGAAAUGGGUUCUCUCGGAGAUUGUCCUCACUCGAGAUAUCCACGAACGGGCUCAGACUAUCACCAAAUUCAUCCACGUGGCGGCCCAUGCUCGGCGAAUUUGCAACUAUUCCACCAUGCUUCAAAUUGCUAUUGCCCUGUCCUCCGUUGAUUGCACGAGACUGCGAAAGACCUGGGAGCUAGUCAGUCCGGCAGAUAAGCGUCUUCUCAAGGGCAUGGAGAGCCUCAUACAGCCUGUUCGCAAUUUCCAUGAGCUCCGCGUCGAGAUGGAGACUGCCAACUUGCAAGACGGCUGUAUACCCUUUGUCGGCCUCUAUGUCCAUGACCUCACGUACAAUGCGCAAAAGCCUUCACAGGUCGCAGGCACCCGUGAUGGAGACGCGCUUGUCAACUUCGAACGGUACCGCACCGCCGCCAGGAUUGUCAAAUGCCUGCUUCGUCUGAUUGACGCAAGCAACAAGUACACGCUGGAGCCUGUCCACGGCGUAAUUGAACGGUGUCUUUGGAUCGCAUGCCUUUCUGAAGACCAAAUCCAGGCGCUCAGUAAAAGCCUGGAAUGA